UUUUCUCCAAUUGUUCGCAGUUCCAGUGGCGGACCUACUGCAAAAGGAGACGUGCACCUAUAUCUACGCUCGUGAGGAUAUUCUCGACAGCUUCAGAUGAUGGAUCGAUCAUCCGUUCCAAAUUCCCUUCGAUGUUAUCGAUCUGGGCUCAGCUCAAAUACGCGAGUGCCAGUGGCGGACCUACUGCAUAACGGAACGCGAACCUGUAUCUACACUCGUGAGGAUUUUCUCAGCAACCCCUGUGAUGGAUCCACCAUCGCAUCCAAGUUCCCUUCGAUCGUAUUGAUUAAUCGCAUGGACACAGUUCAAACAAACGAGGGAGGUUCGACAGUUUUCGUCAGUUGGCGCCCUUAAAAUCGUCGUUACUAAGAUCUUGUAAUGGAUUGGGCCCUCAACGGUGUAAAUACGACGGUGCCACGCAAUGCAGGUCCCGAAUGUGCGAAUUACUUAAGUCCGCUCUGGCAAAAGAUAGAAACUGUGAUAGUGCUUUCCGCGGCGAUUGGGUUAUUUAAAUGGGGCUACGAUAGGAUUUCCCUGCCGAGAGCGGCCUAUGUUCGCAGGGACCGAUCUGGACGAAGGGCUCUGCUAGUAUUAAUGUCGAUAAUAUGGGGCAUGGAAAUAGGGUAUAAGUUUUCUUCGAAAACUGUGAUAUAUUUGUUAAAUCCUUGUCACGUUACUACAGCAAUACAGAUAUAUUUAUUAGCUGCGUCGCCUAGCGAUAUGGUAACGGCCGUAUUUAGAAUUCAAUUGAACUUUCUUAAUGGACCACUGUUAGCUUUCAUUUUUCCAGAGACGGAUACACGAAUUCUACCACUAGAAGCAUCCAUCUACUGGAUUCAGCAUGGAUUAAUGUUUGUUGUGCCUUAUUAUCUCUUACGACUAGGAGGAGUAUAUAACAUUGAAAAAUAUUCGGAUUUUAGUUGGAACGCCAUGAGCUUGAGUUUCAACAUUGUUUAUCACUUCCUUGUACUACAAUCAAUCGCAGUUCCUACGAUGGUGAACUUGAAUCAUAUGUUGUGUCCGGCCAUUUUAGAUCCAUUCGAAGGUCCAUACUACAGAAUAUUCGCAGUACUUCACCAGGCGCUGCUCUGUCCAUUACUAUGUAAAUUAUACUGUUUAAUCGCUGCAUUUUUAUUAACCAAAUUUUGGGCUACAAAAGUAAAAAGUACAUUGUGUUGUGAAGUGGAGAUGCCUAACACGAACGGUAAUGUUUUAGGUAGAAAUAGUCACAGUCACACCGAUUAGAAAUAAAUUUAAUUUAUGUACCUACUUAAUUAGAUACCUUAUAAUAGAACGGCAAUAAUGCUAAGCCUUUGUAGCUACGAUGAAGGUUUUAGAAAACAACGCAGUAAGGUCACGAUAAAUGUAAUUCCCUUGUCAUAGGAGGCGACACUGCAGCUACCAGUCAAUCACAAUCGGAAGAAUGAAGCGAAUACAAAAGUGUAAGCGUGAUCUUACUGUACCAGAAUUCAUAUCUCUACUUAGAAUAGGAAAUAAAGAUUUAACAGCCUCCUGGUGCGGGGGUUUCGCCUAUUAAAUGAAUUUAUUUAUCCUGAGCAGGUUUUUUUUGAUAUUGCACUGUUACAAAAUGCAAUGUUGAGAGUAGCGAGUAUGAGACAAAAAAACGAAAUACACCACAUUGAACUUAAUACAAUAAUCUACUCGAUUUUAGACAUAUUCCUUUGGAAUUUUGCAGCUAUACGUUCUUAUUUAUAAAUUUCCGUAGAUAUGCGAGUGGUGCUAAAUUUUCCAAUUGUUUAGCGUAUACUUAAUUAUUUACAGAAUUAUAUAUGCGAUGUUAAAUUAUAAAUAAAGAGUUAUCUAUCAA